GUGUUGAGGUCACCAUGUCCACAAAGGUCCCCAUCUAUCUGAAGCGUAGCAGCUGCAAGGGCAAGAAGGAGAAGCUGCGGGACCUGCUGUUGUCGGACAUGAUCAGCCCACCACUGGGGGACUUCCGUCACACCAUUCAUAUCGGCAGCAGUGGUGGUGAUGACAUGUUUGGAGACAUCUUCCUGCAGGGCAAGUUCCACCUCCUGCCAGGAACAGCAGUGGAAGAGCCUGAGGAGGAUGGUAGCUUUGACCUCCCCUUCCAGUUCACCUGUAUUGCCAUGCUGUGUGGGCGGGAGCUCCCCAACGAGGCAUCACCUCUGCUUAAGAAUGCCAUCUCCCUCCGGGUCAUUGGUGGUCCCCAGGCCCUCAUCCUGCCCACAGCCCAGGCCCCACCCAAGCCCCCUCGCCUGCACCUGGAGACUCCGCAGCAUUCCCCACAGCCCUCCCAGGAGGAAGCAGGAAAUGUGGACAUCUGGAGGAUUCCAGAAGCUGGCUCAACCCACAAUGGGUUGACUCCAGAGUCAGAAGUUGAGGAGCCCUUCCUGUCUCAUGCCAGCUCUUUGCUGUCUCUGCACGUGGACCUAGGGCCCUCCAUCCUAGAUGACGUUCUUCAGAUCAUGGAUCAGGACCUGGACCAAGUACAGAUCCCCACAUAGGCCCCUUGGCUGACCAGGCAGGGCACCAGGUUGAGAUGAUGCCAGUGAUUAUCACUUUGGGCCUUUGUUUCCCUCCCUCCCCCGAAAGGGCUCAGAAUGCCAUCUUGCUUUCUUCUAACAACCCACAGGGGCCACGUGCAGAAGUCAGCUCAG